CUUACCUAUAACACGUCGGAUUGUAGUUGUAAGGCACACUUUACACACCACCAAAAAAAAAAGAUGUUGCCGCACCCACACACCUGUCGCAAGGCGCCGCAACAGAUUCCCAAAUUGUCGGCCAGCGCGGAAGCUAUCGCAGUAGUCGCACUGCGUGAUUAUAAGUUCAACUAGUUCGGAAGGUGUGCAGUGUGUCGAAGAAAGAUGACUCGCACCGACCUCUCUACCCAUUCAUUCUCCGUUGCACUUCCCUCCCAUCGCAGAGCCACCCGAACCUUGUAUGGCCCGGUCCAGAGAAUGCAACAGUCGAGCCCGUCCAUUUCGCCAGAGGUCAUUGUGGCCAUCGCGCUGGGGAUUCCUGCUCUAUUUAUCGCCCUGCUGUCCCUCUGGGUGACAUACCUUAGCUUCACCCUCUCCCGGUCGCACAUCCGCCCAAGAUCCGCUGUCUGGACAGUGGCUUUGAGGCCGAUUGAGCAUCGAUUCCAGGCCACUGGGGCCGAACAUGACGAGCUUCCGACAGUGCCUUAUUCGGCGUGGCGUCGACACUGAGCCUGUAACCCCCUUCCCCGGCGAGCGCCUCCGCCGUCGCUGCUGGCUUCUCAUAAUAGUGCAGCUGUGAGUGCGUUCAUGGUGAUUCCCGGGAGCACGGUAUCUGACCCAGACCAUUU